AUGUCCUUUGCUCCACCACCACCACCUUUUGGGAACGGCAAUUCAGGAUCGGUGUCUCCAAAUCCAGUGGAAGAUCUUGAUACAAAUUUUCAAAAUCUUUCAGUGGGCAAUGUCAAUACGGCUAAAUCAAAGAAGAAAAGAAGUCAUCGUGCUUACCAUACUGAGUUCAAUGCUCCAGCUGUGCCCGAUGGCGCUAGUAAUGGGCUUACUACUCCGAAUCAAGCACAGUUCCCAAUGAACAAUGUUAAGGCUGCGUCUCCUUAUACCCCUGCUACUAGUCAACCCCAACCUUUCAAUGCAAGUGUUUCUCAAUUCCAUACACCAGCGGCUGCGGGCACUCAUUCACCUUACCAAGACAGUUCGGCCAGCUAUCAUAACGGGCCUAUGGAUGCAACUGAAGACUUGUCAUUAUCGAAUGCCAGAUACUUUCAUCAAUUGGAGUAUCAAACUAAUAUCAACCCAGAAAAUCCUUCGUAUAAGUCUUUUCUUACUUUCCAAAAUAUCGUGCCUCCUUGUGGUGGUACCCAGUAUCACACAAUAGAUCAAGGAACUGCGUCCUCCAAAUUCAUGAGGCCAACAAUGUAUAACGUUCCCGAAAAUGAACAGUUACGUGCUGCUACUAAAUUGCCAGUUGCGGUUACAGUCAGACCUUUUGCUCCACUUUUACCAACUGAAGAUCCCAUCCCAGUUGUCGAUAUGUCGCAGUUGGGUUCAAAUGAAUCAAGUGAUCCAAUGGAUAUAGGUCCGCCAAGAUGUCGCCGUUGUCGUACUUAUAUGAAUCCUUCAAUGCAGCAUACCAAUCAUAAUACUUUUAUUUGUAAUAUCUGUCAAUUCCCUAAUAAUACAGUUCCAAUGGAUUAUACUUCAAUGAUCAACCCAGCAACGGGUCAAAGAAUCGACCGUGAUAUAAAGCCAGAGUUACAUCGUGGGGUUUAUGAUAUUAUGGUUCCAAAAGAAUAUAAUGUUGGUGGUGCAAGUGCUGAAAAUAAGGAAUUACAUCAUGUUUUCUUACUUGAUGUUAGUGAAAAUAGUGUUAAGCAUUCCUUGCCUGUUUUAGUCGCUGAUGCCAUAAGAGCUACUCUCUACAAUUUUGAAGAUUCUGAUAGUCCAAGUCGAAAAUUUGAAGGUAAGUUUGCUCUUAUUGCUUUCGACAAACGUCUUCAUUUUUAUAAUUUGUCACCUUCUCUUGAUUCUACCCAAAUCUCGAUUUCCGCAGAUUUGGAAGAUCCUUUCGUUCCUUUCAAUGAAGGCUUAUUCGUAGACCCAGAAGAGAGUAGACUUGCCAUUGAAGAUGCUUUGAAUAAUUUGGAAUCCUUGACUUCACAGGAAACUUUGGCUGAAUCUGAACCUUGCUUCGCAGCCGCUUGUCGUUAUGCCACCAUGUGUCUUGAAUCAGUUGGUGGUGGUAAAAUCACUUCUAUUUUAUCCGCUUUACCUUCUUGGGGUCCUGGUGGUUUGAAAUUCAAAGAUAAUAGGGCGAUCGGACGUGGUCCUUCACCAGAAGUUGAAAAAAGAGUUUUCCUCCCGGAUAAUGAAUAUUAUAAAUCAUUAGCCAAAGAUUUCUUAUCUAAGAAUGUUGGUCUUGAUGUAUUGGUGGUUUGUAAUCUGGCUGUCGAUCUAUCAAAUAUUGGAUGGUUGGCUAAUGUUUCCGGUGGUAGCGUUUAUAAAUAUUCUGACUUUGAAUUUGAACGUGAUGGGCGUAAUUUUACUUCCAAAUUUGUUAAUUGUGUCAACAAAACAACUGGUUAUCAAGGUCAAUUGAAAUUACGUUGUUCCAAUGGUUUACAGGUUGCACAAUAUUAUGGUACUAGUUCAUCAAUCUCGGAAUUAAGCGUGAUUGGAGGUACAGUUCAAGAUCCUGUCUUACCUAUCCUUAAUGAAGAUCAAACUUUUACAGUGUUAUUACAAUAUGAUGGAGAUUUGAAUACAAAGUAUGAUUGUCAUUUCCAAGCAGCUUUACUUUACACUGAUCAACAGGGGAUUCGUAAAGUUAGAGUAGUUAACUUGGUUCUAGCAGUUUCAGAAAGGUUAGAAGACGUAUUUAAUUUUGUUGAUCAAGAUUCUGUUAUCACUACCAUGGUUAGAGAUACUUUGUCAUUUGUCGGUAAACAACCAUUAUCGGAACUCAGAGAUUCAAUUAAUGAAAAAUUAGUAGAAGUGUUCUCUCAAUAUCGAGCAAUGAGUGAAAUUGGUCAUAACAGAAACCGUGCAUUGAAUAAACAGUUGAUAUUCCCAGAAUCUUUGAAGCAUUUACCUCUUUAUUUAUUGGGUUUCAUCAAACACCUUAGUAUAAGAGAAGCUAGUGGGAUACCAGCAGAUACUAGAUUAAAUGAAAUAUUCCAAAUUUUAACUGAGCCUAUUGACAGAAUAGUAUAUAAAUUAUAUCCUGCCUUAGUUGAAUUGCAUAGUUUAGCAGAAGAUGAUUGCUUAAUACCCCAAACUCCAGAAAACAUCCAUGGUUUCGUUAAGAUUCCAUUAUUCAAAGAAUUGACCACGAAUAACUUACAAUUUGGAGUUUACAUCUUAUGUAAUGGUGAUGAUGUUUAUGUUUGGAUCCACCAAAAUGCAAAUAUACUUCUCAUAAAAGAUUUAUUUGGUGAAGAAAUUGAAGAAGUUAAAGAAAUUAACCCACUUCUUGAUGAAUUACCAGAGUUACCCACUGACAUCUCUCAACAAGCAAGAAAUUUGGUUAAUCAUUUCCAAACUCAUAUCAUAGGAGCCUCUCCAAUCGGUGCUGGAAGUAUAAAAAUCAUUCGUGAAGGGAUUGACCGAUCGGAAAUUCUUUUCAAAGAACUUCUAGUGGAGGAUGCUUUGAAAGGUGCUGUGACGGUAAGCGGUGGUCCAAGCUACCCUGAUUACUUAUCAAGUUUACAUAAGGCUAUCCGUGUUAAGUUGGAAAAUGAAAAACAAGUAAGAGAUUCGAUCAGCUCUGCUGAACAUCAUAACGAUACCUUGGCUCAAAGACUUAUCCAUUUCUAA